CUAGCCUUGCGCAGGUACCGCGGCCUCCGCCGUGUCCAGAGGAUCGGCCGAGCUCCAUUUCUCGCCUCAGCACCCACAUCCGGGGGCAAUCCGAUCCGCCGUCUCUGCGGAGGCCGCAUCUGGCGCGCAUCUGGAACCGCCCCGGCCGGCCGCGCUGGAACCCGCGCCCACCCUGGCCCGGCCGCGCCGGGAGCCCUUCCCGGAGCUGGAGCCGCACCUGGAGCCGCGGGCCCGGGGCCCUGAGCCGCGCAGCCGGCGCAUGGUGAACUCGCUGCUGUUCGGGGAGAUGGCCUUGGCCUUCGGGUGCCCGCCGGGAGGCGGCGGCGGAGGCUGCCCCGGCGGUGGCGGUGGCGGCGGCGGGGCCGGGCCAGGGCCGUCGCCGGUGACGGCGGCGCUGCGGGAUGACCUGGGCUCUAACAUCCACCUCCUGAAGGGGCUCAACGUGCGCUUCCGCUGCUUCCUGGCCAAGGUGCACGAGCUGGAGCGCCGCAACCGGCUGCUGGAGAAGCAGCUGGAGCAGCAGCAGAGCGAGCGUGAGCGGAGGCUGCGCUACAAGACCUUCUCCCGCGAGCAGGCCGUGCAGACCGGGCCUGAGCUGCUGAGGCCGUCCGCGCCCGGCAUCGGGCACGGCAGCUGCAGCGGUGCGGCGGCCGGCGCCAACGCUAACGCGGUGGCCCUGGGCGGCCUGCCCCCAGGCGGCGGCUCGCACCCGCAGCACUACGGCCGCCUGCCUGGGACCAUCUGGAGCUACACGCAGGUGCGGCGCACUGGCGGCGGCGGCGUGGAGACCGUGCAGGGCCCCGGCGUGUCGUGGGUGCACCCCGACGGCGUGGGCGUGCAGAUCGACACCAUCACGCCGGAGAUCCGCGCGCUCUACAACGUGCUGGCCAAGGUGAAACGCGAGCGCGACGAGUACAAGCGGAGAUGGGAGGAGGAGCUGGCCAAGCGUAUGAACCUUCAGACCAUGGUGGACACUCUGCAGGAGGCAGCACAGGAGGCUGAUGCCAUCCAGGAGGAGAUGAACGAGAAGAUUGAGCGGCUAAAGGCCGAGCUGGUGGUGUUUAAGGGGCUCAUGAGUGAUCCCAUGACAGACCUGGAUACAAAGAUCCAAGAAAAGGCUAUGAAGGUGGACAUGGACAUCUGCCGCCGAAUCGAUAUCACAGCCAAGCUGUGCGAUGUCGCGCAGCAGCGGAACUCGGAAGACGUGUCCAAGAUCUUCCAGGUGGUCCCCAAAAAGAAAGAGCGUAAGGUGGCUUCGGAUGACGACAUCUCAGAGCAGGACGGGGAGGUGAACCGGUUCUCCGAUGAAGAGGUCGGCUCCAUGAACAUCACGGACGAGAUGAAACGCAUGUUCAACCAGCUGAGGGAGACCUUUGACUUUGAUGACGACUGUGACAGCCUGACAUGGGAAGAGAAUGAAGACACGCUGCUGCUCUGGGAGGAUUUUACCAACUGCAAUCCAACUAUUGACCUGCAGGGGGAGCAAGAGGAGAACUUGGGCAACUUGAUCCAUGAGACUGAAUCUUUCUUCAAGACGAGAGACAAGGAGUACCAGGAAACGAUAGGUCAGAUCGAGCUGGAGCUGGCCACAGCCAAAAGCGACAUGAACCGCCAUCUACACGAGUACAUGGAGAUGUGUAGCAUGAAGCGCGGCCUGGACGUGCAGAUGGAGACGUGCCGCCGGCUCAUCAAAGGCUCCGCAGACAGGAACUCACCAUCCCCCAGCUCCGUGGCCAGCAGUGACUCGGGAAGUACAGAUGAGAUCCAGGAUGAGUUCGAGCGUGAGGCAGAUGUGGAGCCGAUGGUUAGCUGAUGACGGCGGCCCCACACGCCUGCUGGUCUUGGUGAUGGGGCCCCUGCCUUCUCUCCUCACGAGGCCAGGAAGGCUCCUCGGAGUGGGCUCAAGUUCUCGCCACACAGACUUCCUACGCCCUCCUUCUCUGGAGGUCCCAAGGAACCGCUGCUUCCUUCCACCCCAGCCCACCACCACCUGACCCUUCUCCAUCCACCCACCCACCCAAGGAAUGGUGCUGUCAAUUUCUAUUCUCCACAUCACAAAUGCAGACUUCUGUCCGGAC